AUGACCAGUUUAUUCCAAGCAAAACUGAACAAUGCCAUCACGAAGAUAAACGAUCUUAUGUUUGUGGACCAGUCCAUUCAGACAAACGUGCGAACGCUGUCGUUCAAAUACGUAGAAAAAAUAGGCAAGGGAACGUUUGGUUUCGUGGUGAAAAUUGAGGAGAAUGAGAAUGGCAAUAUUUUUGCCCUUAAAACGGUCUAUGAAGACAACAAACACUACUACCGAGAGAAAGAGAUCCUAGAAAAUCUGAAGAACAGACAUUUUGUGCGGUUGUUCGAGUAUGCAUACUUUGAGGAGAGCACCGAGGGGCGAUACGUGCAAUUGGUGUUGGAAUAUCUUCCCUUCUCGCUGCGCAACUUGAUUGUUUCUGAUCGGUUCGACUUUUUGAAGAAAUUUUACGAAGAAAAAGAAAAUUUCAGGGACGAGAUGGUAAAGGAUUUUCUGAGACAGGGAUUUGAGGGUCUGAGCUAUCUGCACUCGUUCGAUAUUGCACAUCGCGAUAUAAAGCCUGCGAACAUCCUGAUUGAUUACGACGGGACACUGAAAUUUUGUGAUUUGGGAAGCGCUAAGAAGCUUGAAACUAAGUCCAACACGACGUACAUAUGCUCAAGAUAUUACCGAGCACCUGAAAAUAUUAUCGGGUUAAAAAACUACAGCACAAAAAUUGAUAUUUGGUCUUUUGCACUUUCUAUCGCGGAGAUCAUUACGAAGAAGGUUAUUUUCAGGGGGCAAUCCAACGUAAAUCAGCUAGAAAAGAUACUAAGUCUGCUCAAAAUAUCACAGAAAGAUCUUUUGUUUAUGAAAUUGCGUAGAAACAAACGCGAAACAAUGGGUAUAAAGAAAUACAUGAGGAGGUACACAAACAAUAAGAGGCUUGUUGAGGUGUUUGAUAAGACGAUAAAGUUCAAUUCUAACAAACGAAGGAAUGCAAAGCAGGCAUUGGAGAUGGAGUUGUUUAAAAAACCGCGAGAAUAG